UGGAACUAGCCGUGCUCUUUUCAAUUGGUCGCUACAUUGAUGAGGAUGAAAUCCUUUUCUUUGAUUUUCUUCUUCCUGCAACUUCUUGCUUGGCCUUGCAAUGGAUUCUAUCUUCCGGGAAACUACAUGCACACUUAUUCCGAAGGUGAAUCCAUAUGGGUGAAAGUGAAUUCCCUCACCUCAAUUGAGACCGAGCUUCCUUUCAGCUACUACUCUCUUCCCUACUGUCAACCCCAGGGUGGGAUCAAGAAAAGUGCUGAAAAUUUAGGAGAGCUCUUGAUGGGUGACCAGAUUGACAACUCUCCCUAUAAGUUCAAUGUUAAUGUCAGUGAAUCAAUUUACCUCUGUACUACCAAAGCUUUGAGUGAGCAUGAGGUAAAGCUCCUGAAACAGAGAACCCGUGAUCUGUAUCAGGUGAAUAUGAUUCUUGAUAAUCUUCCUGUCAUGAGAUUAACUCAGCAGAACGGCGUCACAAUCCAGUGGACUGGUUUCCCUGUUGGCUACUCACUAACUGGUAGCAAUGAUGACUGUAUCAUUAAUCACCUGAAAUUCAAAGUUAUGGUUCAUGAGUAUGAAGGUAAACGUGUGGAGAUUAUCGGCACUGGGGAAGAAGGGAUGGGAGUUAUCUCAGAGACUGAUAAGAAUAAAAUGUCUGGUUAUGAAAUUGUGGGAUUUGAGGUAAUCCCAUGCAGUGUUAAAAGGGAUCCUGCAAUCAUGUCAAAGCUAAACAUGUAUGAUAAGAUUGAUCCAACAAUCUGUCCUUCAGAGCUCGAUAACUGUCAGGUUAUUCGUGAGCAAGAGAGAAUAACGUUUACCUACGACGUUGAAUUUGUGAAAAGUAAUAUAAGGUGGCCCUCGCGAUGGGAUGCUUAUCUGAAGAUGGAGGGUGCUAGGGUUCACUGGUUCUCCAUCAUGAACUCACUCAUGGUCAUCUUCUUUUUGGCUGGUAUAGUCUUUGUUAUAUUCUUGAGGACAGUGAGAAGAGACUUGACCCGAUAUGAAGAAUUGGAUAAGGAAUCCCAGGCUCAGAUGAAUGAAGAACUCUCAGGCUGGAAGCUUGUGGUUGGUGAUGUCUUUAGAGAGCCAAGCUGCUCAAAGCUUCUCUGCAUUAUGGUUGGAGAUGGUGUUCAGAUUGCCGGGAUGGCUGUCGUAACAAUAGUUUUCGCCGCUCUUGGGUUCAUGUCACCUGCCUCGCGAGGAAUGCUCUUAACUGGAAUGAUUGUUCUCUAUCUCUUCCUCGGCAUUGCUGCAGGCUAUGUCGGCGUACGACUAUGGAGAACUAUCAAAGGCGGAUCGGAAGGAUGGAGGUCCUUAACCUGGUUAAUUGCCUGUUUCUUUUCUGGAAUUGUAUUUCUCAUCUUAACAAUCAUAAAUUUCUUUCUCUGGGGUAGCAAUAGCACAGGAGCCAUCCCUAUUUCAUUGUUCUUCACUCUCCUAGCAAUGUGGUUCUGCAUUUCAGUGCCGCUUACUCUCCUUGGCGGAUUUCUCGGCACUAAAGCUGAACACAUACAAUAUCCGGUUCGAACAAACCAGAUUCCAAGAGAAAUCCCGGCUCGUAAAUACCCGUCAUGGCUUCUCGUCCUCGGGGCCGGAACCCUCCCCUUUGGCACCCUAUUCAUAGAACUCUUCUUCAUCCUCUCCAGCAUCUGGCUUGGGAGGUUCUAUUAUGUCUUUGGGUUUCUCCUGGUUGUCUUCCUUCUGCUUGUCAUUGUCUGUGCUGAAGUUUCUGUGGUACUGACAUAUAUGCACCUUUGUGUUGAGGACUGGAGGUGGUGGUGGAAGGCUUUCUAUGCUUCUGGUUCAGUGGCCCUAUAUGUCUUCCUCUACUCCAUCAAUUACUUGAUAUUUGACUUAAGCAGCUUGAGUGGACCUAUUUCAGCCAUCCUAUAUGUUGGCUAUUCUCUUAUCAUGGCUUUUGCAGUAAUGCUAGUAACAGGCACUAUUGGCUUCCUGAUAUCCUUCUACUUCGUUCACUAUCUCUUCUCUUCAGUCAAGAUUGACUAGUGAAGAUUAUCCUUCCAACUGAAGAGGAGGCUAUUGCUGUUCAAGAUUCUCUGCCAAAUUUAGCUCCAGCUUUAGAGAGAGAGAGAGAGAGUAGCUGAAGAGGUAAUGAUCAAAAGUUCAACUUAUAGUAUUUUUUUUUUUUUUGCUUGGAUAUGGCAUGAAGAUUUAUUAUAGGGCUUUUUUGGGGGUAAUUUCUUGUAUUUGAAGACUUAUUAUUUC